GGUCGUGUUAAUGUAAUAAUGUGAAAUAAUUUAGGAUUCACUCUAUGAAAGUAGGAUGAAAAUUAGAAGCGAUUCGCAGAGUAUUUAUUCGUAUUUUUAAGGUCAAGAUUUGUCAGGAAAUGUGCAUCUUUCUGAUUCCUCAUCGACCUUCUUCCGCCUGACGAGCGAUAAAAGUGAGGACAGUUGUAGCAUUUCUUCACAUAAGCGGUUGUUUUUUCGAGAAAAGGCGGACUUUUCAGACGUCAAAAUGCUUCUUACAAUCCGCAAGCAACUCAGAAACCACCCCGCUCUGAUUCCCCUUUUCUUCUUCAUUGGUGGCGGGGCGGCCAUGUCCUUGAUGUACCUGGCCCGUCUGGGCCUGAGAAACCCCGACGUUUCCUGGGAUCGCAAGAACAACCCAGAGCCUUGGAACAAACUGAGUCCAAACUACCAGUACAAGUUCUUCACAGUGAACAUGGACUACAGCAAACUGAAGAAGGAUCGCCCAGACUUCUAAAGUUCCCGUCUGCUGGAGUAAAACCACCGGCGAAGCCGCACAGUUUGGUCUCAUCUUGACCUUCCUACAUCCAGGAAUCUGAACAAUGCAGAAGCUAAAUCCGCACAGCUCACGUUUCAGUUUCUUCAUUGCAUUUCUGGCUGCUUCUAAUUGAUUUCUCAUUUUCAAUAAAGUAAAGGAGCGUUUCCUCCUUCAUACAGAGCA